UUUAUAUUUAUGCAGAAUGUAUCGUACUAUCAUUGUUGUUAUUAAUGUAAACAUUGUGUAACUUAACUUAUAUCAACUUGGUGAUCUUUGAUGUUCUUGUGCAAUAUUUUUCAUCUGUUAAUAAAAAUACCAACGAGACAAUUCUGAAGCCUGCAAAAGAUGUCGUCACAAACACAGAACAACAAUAAUCUCGACAAGCUGUCGCUGGAUAAAAAGCAUGACAUGAAUGAUAAUUCUGGUUCUUUUGGAUCAUCUCCGAUUAGAAAAUCUAAAAAGAAGAAAAAACUUGGUUUAUUUUCAUUUCGAUCAAAGAAAUCAAAGACAGUUACAGUCCGUAGGGAUAACUUGACUGCAGACCACAGUGAUUCAGCGUCAGUGUGUAGCGAGAUAUUAACAUCGGAAGAUGGAUCUUACUCCUCAAUAACAACCACAACACAUUUAGAAAAACAUGUUACCAAACUAGAGAGAUCUCGAAAUAGCGUUGCGAAUCACUCGUCUAAUUUGAAUUUGGAGGAAUUGGAAGAGAAUAUAUUGACGACUGAAGAAAGAGUAGAGGAUUUAAAUUCACAUACAACAGUUAUAACUACGACUGAAAAUGAGGACAUAAUAACAGUAGUGACGCCUUUCAAUGAGGAUGAACAAAUCAAAAAUUCUCAUUUGAGUCAGAAGCAUAUUGUCGAUGACACAGUGGACCAUAUAACAGACACACAAAUCCAACAGGGAAGAGAAGGACCUGAAAUCAAUCAUAAUACAGAAGUAAAGACUAAACACAAUACAUCAACGCCAACAGUACUAGACAACGAUCUACCUCAUAGCAGUAAACAUACUUCUGCUGAAGAAGAAAGUCCUGAACGACCAAGCAGCAUUUACCUUGACGCUAACAGACACAGUGGAAUAGAACGAUCGUCAUUCAGAAAAAGUUUAGCAAGGAGAAAACAAAAAAUUUUCGCUGAGAAUCGUAGCAGUUCAACUGACUGCUCUAGCUACCCGGUCUCACCUGUGAAAAGCAAAACAAAAUCGAAGAAAGGGAAGAUGUCUAAUUAUACUGGUGCAACACAUCAACUUCGAGUUCGAUUAUUGGGUGGGCAAAAUUUAGCUGCCAGGGAUUCUACAGGUUUAAGUGAUCCUUACGUCAAAUUUAAGUUCGGAAGCAGAACUCUAUACAAAAGCAGUAUUAUAAAAGCAAAUUUAAAUCCAAAAUGGGACGAAGAAUUUACUACGCCCGUCAGAAUGAGCGACUUGAUCCAUGUACGAGUCUUUGACAAGGAUAUAAUAAGUGAUGACUUUAUGGGUGCGAGCUCGUUCGAACUUCAAUCAUUGAUGGAAGAUGAAGAAACUGAAUUAUCCCUCGAUCUUGAGGAUCAAGACGCAAAUCAAUCUGAAGAAUUAGGACGAAUACAUAUUGCAGUAACUCUUGUACCGAUCACAGAAGAUAUCAGAGGAGGAUAUAUUGAUGCUGGUCAUUUGUCACCUGAAGAUUUUCCAGAUAAUAUGUCUGUUACAAGUUGGAAGGCAACUUCACUUUCUAGAUCGGACAGCAAUGCAUCAGACAUUAGCAGAAGAACAACAAUUUCAGAAAUGAGAUUCAAAAAAAUGAAAGUACCUCUUGGCACUGCGACAAUACAACUGGUAUCAGGCACGGAUCUUCCUGCGAGAGAUUCAAAUGGAUUUUCGGAUCCAUACGUUAAACUACAGAUGGGAAAACAAAGACAUAAAAGCAAGGUUUGCUACAGAACACUUGAUCCUAUCUGGAAAGAAGAGUUUGUCUUUCAGUUGACCAGUAGAGAAUCACUUGAUCGCGAACCAGCUGUAAUCGAUAUGACCGUUUGGGAUAGGGAUUCAUAUCGGAAAGAUGAUUUUAUUGGAAGGUGUGAACUUGAUCUUGGAUCAUUAGAAUAUGAUAAAACACAUUCCUUCACUCUCAAUCUGAUUGAUGCACCUGGUUCUAUUCUGAUACUCGUGACAUUGCAAUCUUGCAUACCUUCAGAUAUUCAUCGAAGCAAUAACGAACUUGUUCAUCUGACAGAUCAAUAUGUGAGUGGAGUUUCAGUUGAAUAUAAAGAUUUCAUAUAAAAUUUGCUAGGAUCU